AUGGCAAAAGAAAAAAAAUACAAUUUUUUUUCGAGACUGAUUUUUUUCAAGAUAAAGAACAAUCCAAGCAACUUACAUAUGACCGGGAAUACCUUUGACGAAGACGCUAUUGCGAAGAAGACACGAUGGCGCAAUCUUGUGGCCUUCUGGAUUCUGGGGCUGUGCAACAAUUAUGGCUACGCCGUGAUGCUCAGCGCGGCCUACGAUAUCCUCGAUAUCAAAUUCCAUGACAAAGAUUCUACGCUAAAGAUAAAUGGCACAAAUAUGACGGGAAUUCGCACGUGCAAUACAGUUUCGACCGGUGCCAUACUCUUGGCAGAUAUUCUACCAUCGCUAGCGAUUAAAAUGAUCGUGCCAUUUCUGCCGCUUCUAGUACAUGCUCGAGUGGCUACCUGUGUGUUAUUUUCCGCUGCAGGAUUUCUCAUGGUAUCGUUUAGCACUGCUGAAUGGCUCGCCAUUCUAGGCGUCGUCGUAACAUCGCUCUCUUUCGGCUUGGGUGAGGCCACCAUGCUCAGUUACAGUAAUCAAUUUUCCAAAGAGGUGAUCUCGACUUGGUCAUCGGGAACAGGCGGCGCCGGAAUGAUCGGUGCCUUAUCUUAUGCCAGUCUCACUACAAUAUUGUCUAUCGAGAACACAUUAUUGGUCAUGUUAAUUGCGCCACUUUUGCAAGCGAUCACGUUCUGGUGUGUCCUCAAACAUCCGGCGCGUACCGGAAUAUCAAUCACCAAGAACGGUACUGAAAGUCAAGAGCAGAUCAUCCAGGUCUCCGAGAAGAGUAUCAGGGACAAAAUCAAUUUGGUACCAGGCUUGCUGAAAUAUAUGAUACCACUCGGACUGGUUUAUCUUUUCGGAUACUUCAUCAAUCAAGGCCUGUACGAGUUCAUCGAAUUCGAUGACAUUUGGUUGAAGCCGUAUGAGCAAUACAGAUGGCUCCAAGCAGAUUGUCAGAUAGGUUUAUUUAUCUCCAAAUCGUCGGUGAACAUAGUAACGAUAGAUAAAAUUUGGAUUAUGUCCGUGCUGCAGUUCAUUAAUGUCAUAAUUCUGCUGCUUGAGGCUAUUUUCUAUUAUAUACCAAAUAUAUGGAUCGUUUUCGCUAUUAUAUUGUGGGAGGGUUUAAUUGGCGGUGCGACGUAUGUGAACACUUUCUAUCGAAUAUCGACUGAGAUUCCGAAAACUGAUCUUGAGGUCUCCAUGGGGAUCGCGUCGAUGGCGGACUCGAUCGGAAUUGCUUUGGCUGGUUGGGUAGCCAUGCCAGUCCACGAUGUCAUUUGCAAGCUUAGAAGAUAACUAAGGUAUCGU